AUGACACAACAACUGAGGCAACAACCAUUACCUCCUCCGUCUUCGCUGGUGCAAGUUGAACCGGACAACAAUGAAAUAAUCAACCUCACUCAAAAGUUCAUGAAGAUGAAACUGCCAACUUUCUUUGGUGGUACUGAACCAUUAAAGACUGAAACAUGGUUGUUGGAAAUCGAGAAACUAUUCGAAGUGUUUCCCUGUUCAGAAAUACAGAAAGUCCUUUUGGCCACCUACACCCUGAAAGAUGAAGCCCGAAAAUGGUGGUUAUUGAUCCGAAAUAGCAAUGGAAGUAUGGCAUGGGCUCAAUUUAAUGCGAUCUUCUAUGACAAGUAUUUUCCUGAGUAUUUUCGGGAUCGAAAAGUUUCUGAAUUUCAAGAAUUAAAGCAAGACAGGAUGUCUAUAGCCGAGUAUAAGGCUAAGUUUACUGAGUUGGCUAGAUUUUCCCCUCAUAUGGUUGAUACAGAUUAUAAGAAGGCCCAGAAAUUCGAAGGAGGCUUAGACUUGGAUGUGUAUGAUCGAGUUAGCGUAUUAAAAUUGCCUACCUAUGUGGGGGUACUUGAUAGGGCACUGAUGGCAAAGGCCAUACUAGCAGCAAAGAAACAAGUUACAAUUCCAAUAACUGAAUGGAGGAGAAAAAGGGACAGAUUCAAUUUCAAGAAAGGCCGAUCGUUUCCGAAGAAGCAAAAUACUAGGUCUUCAAGUAGUUCAAGUCAAAGUAGUGGGUCUAUGCCAGUUUGUCUCGAAUGUGGAAGGAAGCAUAAGGGCAAUGUCACCAUGCAUCUGGCGCUUGUUUCCGAUGCUGCAAGAUAG